AUGGAUCUUAGCCCUCACAGUCACCUUCUUCACUUCAGAAACUUCACUUAUUUCUCCUUCUUCUCUGAGGCGCACAACUCGUAUCAUGUUGCCACCACUAUUGUGGAGACCCUGGCUAUCACCGCUGUCCUUCUGGUAUCCGUGGUAGCAAAUGCGGGAGCUGCAGUCCUGGUAACGCGGGAACGCAGGCUGCUGGCCAACAAGACCAUCCUGACCCUCAACUUGUUUGUGGCCGACCUGCUGUUCGUCAGCAUGAUCCCACUGAUCGUGGCAGUGCGCUGGACUGUAUCCUGGGAACUGGGCUAUACGGCCUGCCACACUGUGCUGUAUGUCAUCUGUAUGAGUGGCUGUGUCACCAUCACUACCCUGGCCUCAAUCAGUGUGGAGAGGGUCCAGGCCAUCCUUCGGCUGCAGACUGUGCCCACUUUAAAUCGCAGGAUGGUGGCUGCCAACCUCUUCUUCAUCUGGGCCUUUUCUGCCCUCACCUGCAUCCCACUCAGUUUAUUCUUCACUGUGAUGGAAGUGGAUUACCCUGAGCAGGAACGUGUACACAUUUGUACCCUCAAAUGGCCCGACACAACUGGAGAGAUUGUUUGGAAUGUAGCCUUCACAGCUCUGUGCUUCCUUCUCCCAGGAUUCAUUAUUGUGGUCAGUUACAGCAAAAUAUUACAGAUUGCUAAAAGUAGUAGGCAAAGGCUGCGGCACCGAGAAAGCCUGCCCCCAGCUGGAGACUCUCCGGAGUACAAUGUCUCCCGCCAGGAUAUGAAGCUCUUCCGUACUCUUCUGGUCCUCGUUUUCUCUUUCUUAAUCAUGUGGAGCCCUAUUUUCAUCCUCACCUUCCUCAUCCUGGCCAGGAACUUCCUGGGUACCCUAAACGUGUCCUCUACCAUGUUCUUCUGGGUGGUAACGUUCACACUGGCCAACUCAGCCCUCAAUCCCAUCCUGUACUCUGUCUUCCAGUUCAAGAACGUCUGGCGCAGGUUCUGCUGUGGCUCUGUUGUAGUACCACUGCGGAAAAGACCUCGUGGUAGUGGUCAAGAGCAAGAGAUACAUCCAUGAUUGUUGUAUUCGAAUGCAUAAUACUAAAAUUAUCAUUGUUGCUUCUUUAAAUAAGAGAUAUAAAGUGUACAACACAUUGUCCACACCUAUGGU